AAUCGCUCAAAGGUCGUCUAUUAGAAUUUUCGAACACAAAGUGACUUGCUGUAUUCGGCGAUUGGGUAUCUAACUACAAAAUCGCCUUGUAUAUAGUACCAGACGACACUUCGAGUUUUUUAUACUGAAAUGCCGCGGUAUAGUACCACUGAUGAGAUUAUGGGACUCCGUAUUCCGGCUUUCAGGACUCGCCUUAUGAUGAAAAGUUCUCCUGACGUGGACUGUGUUUCAUCAGAUUCUGUUGUAUGUCUAUCUAAAGCUACUGAAAUGUUUGUAAGUGAGCUUGUCUCCACUGCAAUCCGUGGUAAUCGAUCUGAAUUGACUUACAAGGAUCUUUCUCGUCUCCAAUGUCAGUUAGAUCGCUACAAUUUUCUGGCCGAUGUCCUACCUCAAAAAAUUACUGCUCGAGAGUGGAUAGAGAAAUACAAAUCCGAAUUUGAUGCAUCUUGUCCAUAAAACUGCUUACUAUCCAGUGAAUACGUACUAACCUGUAACUUUUUAAUCCAAUCUAUUCACCACACCAUAAUGCUUAUGAAUGAGGUUCGAUUAAGUAUUCCUUGGUCUUCUCAAUAUUCC